GGCAAUACCCUGACGGUGAGAGUAGAGCUGGACAUACGCACUGAAGCAGACAAGAGCUCAACUCGGGACAGACUUUGAAUAACUAUUCGGCGACAUAACUUUUUGUUGUAAAGUAAACAGACAAGGGAGAUUUCACGCACUAGAAAAUGCAGUCCCUCUGUCACCAACUGCUCAGCUUGCUGUUCGUUUUCAGCAGCCUUCAGAUUCAUGAACUCACAGAGGCUUGCUCGUGUGCUCUGUCGCACCCGCAAGAUGCUUACUGCAACUCUGACAUAGGUAAGUCGCAUGGUUUGUGGCCACAUAGACUAUAUGUUAUGCCAACAAAAAUAUUUUCUCUAUUUAAAUGUAUUUUUGCAGUGGUUUUGUGAUAUUCUGCAUACAUAGAAUAGAAUAAGAAACUGUUGUUAAUACAAAGCGAUGCAACUUUCAGUCUGGGACCUAUGCGUAAUGGGUAAAUCUCUGCCAAACAAAGUUAUGCGUAAAAUGUAACCAUCACCUAAAACGCCAUUUAAAACAAACAGAAUGUUUAAAAAUGUCAGAAUAUACCAGUUUGAGUAUCAGAUGGCUCGUAGGCUAACGGUUUACUACAACAGCACGCUUUCUGAGUAGUCUAAAUAAAUUCGUCAUCUCUCAAAUUAGUGAGUCAAGAGAGAGGAAGCUUUACUUUAUUUCCCCUUGCUCUGAUGAGAGGGAAGAGUUAACGGGAACGGUAUCCAUGGAAACAGGUCCCACUGAUCAUUAUGUUUUUCAGAGCUAAAUUACCACUUGCUGAGCAAUAAACCAGAACAGAACAGGCAGACAGUAGCCAGCCAAGGGUUUUACUGCUGACCGAAUAUUGCACCCAUGUGUGGAGGUUACCAAUGGCAGAUUUGGAGUGGAGACUAGCUACUGUUCUUGGAUCUUGUGCUCUUGGAUGCUCUUCUGUUCUGUCUGGCUUCCCAUAACAUGUAAGAGCCAGGACUUGGCUAGGAAUGUUAAGCAAGUGCUCUUGCAAUCAAUUUGUGAAUUCUACGUCCUAUUGGUAUAGCAUUGCCCUUCAAAGUGUUUGUGCUCUUCUACGAAAGCACCUUUACUUUCCAAUAGGGGGCAGAUUCAUUCCAUUCAGGCAUUUGAUAUAGAGAAAUGAAGUCAGCAUUGGUAUAAUAAAGCCUUGGUUAUUGACUUAGGUGCACUGGUAUUUUCUGUGUUGAUUCUAGAUAUAUUUUCUUGUGGAGCUGAUCCUCGGACCCACUUGUAGCUGAGAUUUCCUUGGCCACUGGGUCGUGCCUUCACAGACUAUGCCAGAAUAACAUGAAGUCAGCUGUUCUUAUCGAGGAAUGCCAGUCCAACCUGAGCAGUGUUAUUGGAUAACACUUGUUAAGACCAGGUGGGUCCUGGCUCGCCGCUGUUGCUGCAGGAGACUCAUUCCUGAAAAGGAGUAAGGGAUUAUUUGAUAAGCCUGAGCAUUAAUAAGUGUUGCGGGGGUCUAAAGCAGGAGGGAAAAGGUAGAGUGAAAGAGAGAGUCCACUGGGAUAUACAGUAUUAGGAGAACUGUGUGCAGCUCUUUUGUAUUGUGGAACGGAACUGCUGGCAGCAGGCAGAGUGUGUGUGUGUGUGUGUGUGUGUGUGUGUGUGUGUUCGACCAGUCAUCCCUACACACACACGCACACAGAUAGCUUUGUCAGAAACAGACAUCAAACAUCCAUUAGGGUAGCAUAGAGUGGUCCAAUGCCCCGGAGAGGAGGAGAAGAGGACAGCAGAGCUGUUCCGCCCCAUGGGCGGGCUCUUGUUGAGGACACUACUAAGAUGUCAUGUUUCUUCUGCAGUGAUCCCAAGUCUAUGAUUGAAGCCUGACGAGGUCAGAGGAGAGAAAGCGAUGUUGACUUUUCAACAUAUGGCAACUGUUCAAAAAUAACACUCUCUCAUGCAAGUGGCAGGUUGACCAUUCAUGUCAAACACCAACGUAUUUAUGCACACAUUUCCUCAGCUUCUAACAGCAUUGAUGAGCAUUGCAUGUUAUUUAACUAUAAUUACUGGGGCAAUGCUUAUGCUAGUUGGUGACCUGGUUCCAUUGUGUUGAAGAUGUACAAAUGUUAGUGUCGCAAGCAGUCAGGUGGCACCCUGCCUUUCAUGUCCCCUAAGUUGGCUCAUCCCAUUGGCAAGGGGCCAGAAUCUAGUGGGCCAGAAUCUAGGGCUGGCUUCACUGGCUGCAAGUUAGCACUUGUGAGCUCCACAAAAUUCCAUUUCCAAGGUCUUGGCUCAGCCAGAAGUGCGUCACGAAUGCCUGUAGCGUGUACAGAACUAUAGUCCUGAUAAAACACAACACUGUAAACAUGCCAGGAUCACAUUUCAUCAUGUAGAUAACACAACUGUAGAGUUAUUUUUCCCAGUGGAACAAUUGGCCAUGGACAAAGCUUGAGAAAAUUAUAUUGGAGUAACAUGCACACUUUUUCCAAAUUAAUUUGACCAUAUAUCCAUCUUAAGCUCAUUGAGCAAUAAUGAAGGCUAUUGCUUUCAGUUAGAGACAGUGGAAUGAAGAUAGUGUUGGGCUUCUGUUAUGAUAGGGAAUCUAGUGCAGUUAUCAUGAACAUGCAAACUUAUGAUGACUUUAUUGCAUAAUUAUUAUGCAACUGAUGACAUUUUUUGGGCAAGAUUUCCCAUGUUAAAUUCCGAUAGCUCAUGUUGUAAGCCAACUGUAAAUGGAGUUUGGCAUGAACAUGAUGUAUUUGGACGGUGGAGGAUAACAGUUAUCUCCUGGCAACACCUAGAGUUAUGAUGGAUAUUCUGAUGUGUGUCCCCUGGGCAUGUUCAAACAAACAUGUGCUGCAGUCUUGUCAAAACAGCGCAAGUCCAUUUUCUGGGACGAAACGCAGGUCCAAAAGCUUUACAUGGCCUUGCAAUGCAUCACUUCACUGGCGUUUGAUGAAUGUUUAAAGAAAAUGUCACCUUUGAUAAACCUUAGUGUCAAGAUACCCCUAAAACGUACUGUAUGCAGAUCUAUACCUUACAAAAUAUUCACUAUGAAGGACUUUAUCCCCAUCUUUUCCCCCCCAUUUCAUUUGAACAGUACUUUCAAUGGUCUGUUUAUUUCCUCAACAAUAACUAUGACGAAAAAUACUUGUCAACAACCUAUUUUUCCUGACUAAAACUAUGACAAUAAUGAGACGAGAUGCCCUGUGGAAAAAAACUAUAACUAUUACAAAUUACUUUUCAUUUUAGUUGACAGAAAUGUGACGAGACUUCCCCCGUGAGACUAAUGGACAUUUCAUUUGACGUGAAGCUCAUUUUCAUCUGUCUGUUUUGUCCAAUCCUAAACAUGCAUGCAUGCAUGCAGAAUAUUUAAUGCAAUCCUUUCAUUGGCAGAAUUGAUAUCUUUCAGUUGCACGGUCUGAUUGAGUGAUCCCACACAGCUCCAGGCGAUCACUUCAGUCACUCGUCAAUCUUUUUGAACUGAUGCGAAGCCAGGACACUUGACUUAUAACUAACCUCAACUAGAAACACUGACCACGGUUACAUGAACACAAUAUUGUGAUUAUUGUGGAUAGUCAGGUUAAUAUAAUAGUUAAUUUAAAACGUUUACAUGCUUUGCAAGAAGAACCAUUUACCUAAUAAUCCUGUUUACAUGGACACAUCUGAAAUCAGGCUACUGAUGGAACUUUCGAUAAAUGCAGAAAAUAGGCAAUCAAAAUAAACGUUCUACCACAGUGACCAUGUUAUUUUUGAGAAUACUAUUUGAUUCGGAGUUCAAACAUAUAACGUUUGUACGUGAAAACUAUUUAUAAGAUGCAUACUUCGUUUUUCCAAACUCACUUCACUCGCGCAUAAGAGGGAAGCUUGCGCUACCUCGUGCUGGCACAUGCGCAGAUCAAAUACACCGUUGGAACGCCGAUUAAGCUGUUUGCUGUCCUAAUAAUUUGAAAGAUUACUCAGAAAACCAGGUGUUUUAAUCGGCGUAUGCCUACUUCGAUUAUGACUUUAUGCCGAUUAGGAUAAACAGAGUAAGGUGUUUACAUGACUAAUGCCAUACUCAGCCUUCUGCUAUAAUCAGUUUAAUAUCGAAUUAUUAGUGUGCAUGUACACGUACUCAAUGUUUACUCUCGCUCUCUUACUUUCAUAUAGGCUAUUUUUGCUUUGAUCAUUUCAGAAGCUCUAUUUUCCCAUGUGCGCUGUUAUUCAUUCAUCGGUGUUGCCGCUCUCGCGCUGUGGUCUGCAAAUGCGAGUUGCGGUUGCUUUUUUCCUAUGGUAAAAACAAAUGCUAUUUGUUGAAUAUUAGGAGUACAGUAAUAUUUCUGGCAUUUUUGUAAAGCUCAAAUUCUCCCCUUAUCAAGGAAACCACUUUUAUUUACCCCCUUGACAGCCUAUAAUUAUGGCUGGCAUUGGAUACAAUCCUCCACGCAAUGUUGGCAGCUAAGGUAUACGAAGGAAUAGUAGGCCUAGUUGGACAAGGAUAUCUGAAUGUGCACAUGAUGGAAGUUAGAGGUAGCGUAAAUAUUAAUUAUUUAAUAGAAACAAAUGCACUGACUAUUAUGUGACUAAAAGGGCUGUGACUAAAAGUAGACUAAAAUUGUCCAGAGUUUUAGUCUACUGAUAAUAACUAAAACUAACGAAGGAUGAAAUGACAAAAAUGUGACUAAGCUAAAGUGUAUUUUAAGGACUAAAACUAAAUCUAAAAUAGCUGCCAAAAUGAACAUUACAUUGAACCCUAGGGCUGACUCUUAUUUGAGGACUACUGUCAAACGGCUAUGGUUUACACACAGUGUGAAUAUCUAUAUGUGGAUUAAAAUGCAAAUGGUGACCUUAAGCUCCCCUCAGGUGUAACGCUGAGUGAGGAGAGAGGCUAAUUUCCACUGUCAACUUCAAAGGCGACACGGUAGAACAUGAAUCAUCCUAAUUUAAGAGCCAGAGGCGAGUUCAAAGCCUGCUCCUGUUGUUUCAUAGGCCCUGUUCCGUAAUCACCAGCAGCACCCGCCCUAAUAGAUGAAUCAGACAGACAUCUUGAAUUGAGGAAAUGAGGAUACAUAUAAAAAAAAUACAACAAAGAGGAAAAAACAUGUUAAAUACCAACUCCAAAUAACCUGAGGGUAACUUUGCAAUCAGCAAACAGUGCAGCGGCUGGCUAUGAUAUAGCAUUUGGCUGGCAGCGUAAGGAGUUAAACUAGGUCGGCUGAUAUACGUUCUCUCAAUGAACCCUUCCUUGCAUUUCUAGACAACAGUCGGAUAGCCAUUUCCUGUCAUUUUUUUCUUGCUGCAUACGUAGGCUACGAGAGAAAGAGAAGAGAUUUUCCUCAGAUUACACAGACCCACAAAGAAUUUGAAAACAAACCCAAUUUUGAUAAACUCCCAUAUCUAUUGGGUGAAAUAUCACAGUGUGCCAUCACAGCAGCAAGAUUUGUGACCUGUUGCCACAAGAAAAGGGCGACCAGUGAAGAACAAACACCAUUGUAAAUACAACCCAUAUUUAUGUUAAUUUUUUUCUUCCUUUUGUACUUUAACUAUUUGAACAUAACAUGACUUUUGAAAUGUCUUUAUUGUUUUGGAACUUUUGUGAGUGUAAUGUUUACUGUUCAUUUUUUAAAUUGUUUAUUUCACUUUUGUUUAUUAUCUAUUUCACUUGCUUUGGCAAUGUAAACAUAUGUUUCCCAUGCCAAUAAAGCUCUUAAAUUGAAUUGAAUUUGAUAAAUUGAAAUUGAAAUUGAAUUGAGAGAGCGAGAGAGAGCGAGCGAGAGAGAGAGAGUUUUUGUGCACAGCAGACCUACUGGGCUGCAAUUUACUUGGUGACUGAAACAGCCCAUUCACAUUGGAAGAGAGGGGAAGUCUGUUUUUCUAAAGCUUUUUAUGCAGCAGAUUAGCGUUUCGGUCGGCCCUAGCUACACUUUGGCCCUGGAGUUUAAUAUCCCUUCAAGGCCAAGGCCCUCGUUCCCAAGGAGCUGAGGUGUCAGGAGCAGACCUUCACAUUCUUGUACCAUGCACCGAUUCAGUAUAGAAGAUUACUGCUGUGGGUAAGUGUGGCUUUGCCUGGGAUAAGAACCUUAGUUAGCAAUAGCUCAAAACUACAUGUUUCUCUAAGUUACUAUAGGUUGCAAUAAUGCAAAACUCAAUCCUAUUCUCUACUAUGCUUCCCAAUCCUCUUCCCAACUGGCAAAGGGAGAUGGGCCCCUAUUAUGAGGAACUUUAUGUCAUCUGGGAUCAGCUCGGUGCAAUCAAAGCAGCUUCAUUCCAUAAGGUCAGUGUUUCUUCCUGUUAAAAUAGGUCAAAAGGGGCAAGAUUCCCUGCAUGUUUGACAUGUACACCCUGUGAGACAGGCAUAUCGAGUAUCUAAGCCAUCCCUUUUCUCCAGACCACGCAACUUCAAACCACCAGUGCAGUCCUGAAAUAGUACCCUCUUCCCUAUAUAGUGCAUUACUUUUUAAAUCAGAACUACACAUCCCAUGUUGGCUAAAUUGCUUCUAUGUCUUCGGCGAACUGGUGGGAAAUUCCUUUUCUAUUCAGGUCAAGUGUAAUCCCACUACAGGCGAGGUCAGCUCUGGCACCUCGAAAAGAGGAAGAGUACUUAUAGAGAGAGUAGUUUCUUUUUUGAGUGGAGUACCCAGUGAGUGUGUCAUACUAAGUGGCAUCGUUUUCCACUAACGUCAGAUCAUGUUCAGAAUCAGUCUCACUCUCCCUCUCUUACCAUCAUACACACAUAUAGUUGACAACACUGGUUAUACACCACCACAUUACUUUUCCCCUAUCCUUCCCUUCUUCUUCCGUCUAUGUCAACCUUGUCAUGGUGACUUUCUCCUAAUCAUGCACUCGGUUUGCUGUAAUCACAAUUUAGCCUGAGGUGCCUCACAAGAUUCACAGGCAAAAUGUAAAGCAGGAGGUUUAAAAUGCUUGAUUGAAUUACAUUCUCACUUGUGUUGCGACUAGCAUUUGAAUGCAUAGAUUAGUAAUCCCAUGCUUCAGGAGAAGAGAUACUGUGCUAAAUGAAUUCAAUUACUUUCUCUGUCAUACCCCAAUCCACCUACUUUCCAAUGGGAAUGUAUGUCAAAUCCACUGCAAAACAUGAAUAUGUAUGUGGCAGAAACAGGAGAAUAGCACUCGCCUGUAAUUGCAACUUAUGUGUGUGUGUGUGUGUGUAUAGAGAGAGAGAGAGAGAAGAGAGAGAGAGAGAGAAGAGAGAGAGAGAGAGAGAGAGAGAAGAGAGAGAGGAGGAGAGAGAGAGAGAGAGAGAGAGAGAGAGAGAGAGAGAGAGAGAGAGAGGAGAGAGAGAGAGAGAGAGAGAGAGAGAGAGAGAGAGAGGAGAGGAGAGGGAAGAGAGAGAGAGAGAGAGAGAGCGAGAGAGAGAGAGAGAGAGAGAAGAGAGAGGACACAAACUUUGUCAUUUUUCUGGGGACGGCGGGGGCCCAGACCUAGCCUGAAGAGGCAUAUUGAAAGAGAACUGUGGUCAGUGGUAAAUAUAGCUAUCAUUCUGAGUUCUACUUAGGGCCCUUCCCUUGGAUGGUCAAAGGGUCGCUGUAGGGAAUAACACAAAUCCUCUGUCUCACCAGCAGCUGCGGCCUUUCACACAUUCCGCCAGGCAAUGACAUCGGCACCAUCCAAAUUAGUGGCUGCCCGCCCAGUGGCGAGCGUAUCCCGCCUCAAAGGGCAUUUGGUGUUACUGUUGCGCUCUUGUUCAGCGAUAUGACUCCUACGCCUAAUAACAUUUUGAAGGUUCAAUGCAAAGCUCUUUGGAAUUGGAGUCUUAUCAUUUUGGGUGGGGAAAGCUGUCUUUGCAAUGGAGUUUAGGUUUUAAGGGGAAGGCAGGUUUUGGGCUACUGGCUUCUGAAAAUAGUUUGAGGGAUCAGAGCAUUAUGAGGGAGCAGUGCAUCACAUUACAUAAGGAGGGAUCAGAGUAUCAUAUGUUUCAUAUCUUCACAUGCCACAGUAAUAGUGCCUAUGCUCCAUACAAUUACAUCAGUGAAAGUAGCAUUCAUUUGAUUCUGCAUAGCAGAGACUGGUUAGGUAACAAUGCUUUGAGGCUCAUAAUAUGCGAAUUGACAGAUUAAUAGAGCAGAUGUCCUUUAUAGAUGGAUGUGUGAUUCUCUAUCAAUUGGAUGGCAGAUACUCUAUUAGAGAGUCAUGUCAUUCUAAACUGGAAGGUGAAAAUGUGAGCAUGUGAGUCUUUUCUAUUCAUAAGCCAACAUGAUUACUGCUUUUCCUUUAGACUCCCUUUGCUGCCCAUUUCUGUGUGUCUGGGACUUAAAUACAGACUAUGACGCUAUAAGAGGAGAUGUUACAGUACAUCCCUUCUUCACUCUGUCUAGAGGAGUGAGACGCGCUUCCCUUUAUUUCCCCCCCGGCUGGAGAAUGUGAGCCUCAAAGGAAUGUGGGAAGGAAAUUCCGGAGAGGAAAGACAAACAUCCCCACCGUUAGUUAUGUCUGUGGCUGUCAGGCUGCGGGUAGCAGGUGAAUUUGACUCGAGUCGACUGCGCCUGCAUGUCGACUACCCCUUCUCCCCCGGGGGGGCCCAGAGCUCUGAUACAGGUACUCUGGGGACCCUAUUCACUGGCCUAAAUUAGGCUUAGCUCAUAAGCCGAUCCCCCACACAAUGGACCCACUUACUUUAAAAGGAGUGAAAGCAAAAAAGGCGAUUCCACAGCUGAACUGUUUCACCUAGCCGCUGUUUACAUGAGGGUGAGCAGCACUGAUAAGAUCUUUUUUCACCCUGUGCUGAAUUUAAAGAAAGGAGGUUGUUUAAACAGUGGAGAUAAAUGGUUUUAUGAUACAGGGAUAAGGCUGGAGGGAGGUAGUAAAAAAGGUCUGAAGAACUGCUUUGGCCUCUGAGUCAAAUUCAAAUGCUAGCUCCUAGUCUUCCAUUGGACUUGUUUGGCAAGCAGAAGCAAUCCAGAAAAACAAAUAAAUAGAUUAUAAACUGGGUCUCUCCUCUAGGGGCUGGGAUUUUAAUGAUCCUUUGGAAAAGCAAUGCACAGCCCAAUGCAUUCUAGGGUCUUAAAUCGGGAGUUGAUAUCACCAUACUUCUAGCUAAAGCAUCUGUUAGGGUGAUGUGUUGGGAUGUUGAACACAUAUUGGACCUACUAUUUAGGCUUCUCUUUUGAUGCUCACACAAACACGUCAGCCUGGCUCCAGACGUCAGGGACGGAGAUGGGGACAUGACUUGCUCUGAUGUGACCUGAAUUCGGAAUCAUCCAAUAUGCUGGAUUUGUCAGCUAGAGGCUCUACAAUCUUUGUCCAUCGCAUAAUUGAUGAAUUCUGUGCUUGUGUCCUCUGUCUACAGUGAUCCGUGCCAAAGUGGUGGGCAAGAAGUUACUGAAGGAUGGGCCUUUUGGAACCAUGCGCUACACGGUCAAACAGAUGAAGGUAAGCCAUCAUCGCAUCAUUCAGCCCGAGUCUUACGUAAUCUGGCCCAUACCUUGAAGAGAAUAACCGCACUCUGGAAAACCCCCUAGAAACAUUUUCCAGAAAUCCCCCGUUUUAGGUCCCAGUGGCUCGCCUCUUUCACAGUUUGUCCUGUUAUUUCCAAGAAUAGCCGCGUCUAAACAGGGAUUUCCUGUUGUUCCUAGACAAAUAAAUCACAACGGAAUAAACAACAAAUCCCAGGGCAAACAUUUACUUUGUCCGGCAGCGUUUGUGUUCCGCGCACCUGAACUCAAUGGGCGGACCCACGGUUCAACCCCAAAGUCACAUCUUCAUUAUGUCCUGUAAUUAUGUUAGUUUUCAUGUGGUUAAUGAUAGCAUCAGUGGCCUUUUCCUCUACUACACUGAAUUCUUGGAAGCGAUAUCAUCUCGUUAUACUGUGUUUGUUUAUUGUUGUGGAUUCCUGACAACUUCGAGAACAACUCAAUAAUUCCAGUUGCGUCAAAAGCGUCAAAAGCAAGAACAAGUGUCAGAGGUGUGUGAUAUUCGUUCCAGAUUAUAAUCGGUUUAACACACCGUUUGUCGUGGUCUGUUUUGCAGAUGUACAAAGGAUUCAACAAAAUGCAGAUGCAGCACGUUCAGCACAUCUACACAGAUGCCUCUGAGAGUUUGUGUGGAGUCAAGUUCGACAUAAACAAGUACCAGUACCUGAUCACAGGUGAGUCACUAGUCUACCAUACAGUACCACUGAUCUGAAAAGCGGCUAUCUAAUGUACUUGGCGGGCUGCACAGUUGUCAUGGUGGUGCCAGAAACAAUAUGUCUUUCCAUUCAGAGCUAUUAAUAAGCAAUAAAAACAGCCUCAGGAGCUGCCUCAGAAGCACAUGACCAAAAACAAAUUAGCGAGGCAAGCAAGCACAUCAGUGGCGUUGACUCCAGCUUGUUCUCCCAGGCCUGUUUCCCUAACUCCCCCUCUGCAACACUUCCCACCACAAUGGCGGCGUUGCUAACGGCAGCCCCAGUUUUAGUUUUGUUUAAAUGCAACCCCCUCCUCCCCCUUCCCUCCUCCCUGAAGACUUCUUGACUGCUCUGUGACACAAACUUUCCCACUAUUUAUAACCUCCUGUCUGUGAGAGACGAAAGAGAGGCAGGGGGGCACUUCUUUUUUGAAGCAUUUCCUUCUCAGCAGAAAACGUUUCCCUCCUCGUCUCUUAUAAUUAACAGUUCUAGCGAGAAGUUCUGGCGUUUCCAGUGCAGGCAGGCAAGUUCAACUUCUAUUUAUUAGUUGUAUGUACAGGAUACACAUGGCAUACACCGUCCAACGAAAUGCUUCCUUGCAUGCUACACACACAUAUUUGUGAUGUGUGUGUAGUAUAAAUGUAUACGUGUGUGUGGAUGAGUGUAUGUCAGUGUGGGUGUGUGCGUGAGCGCAUGUGUGCUAAGGUGCAGAGUCAGCGCAAGUGGUCAGCCCAAUUCAAGUGUUUGGCAGUGAUGGCUUGUAGAUAGAAACUGUCUCUGAGCCAAUGAGUUGCUAAGUCGGAGAGCAGUUUAGUGAGACAUAAGGCCGUCAUACUUUUUAGCUGUGUGUUGUAUGUUCCCACCACUACGUCCCAAACCUGUAAACAUGCCCUACGAAGCCAAUGAAACAUAAGGAAGGAAAUCACCCCGGCAACACAAGUGUGUGUUUAUUGUGGCUGGGUGAUGAUGACAUCACAGUCAUCCAGGCCAGGCCAGGCAACAGCUCUAGCUCUGGUUUGGAAAGUGAGUCUAUAAUUGGGUCUUGGGUCCCUGGGCCAUACUGUAUCAGGACUCAAUUACAGGCAUGUUAAAUACGCCAAGGCCUGAUAGAUCAGCUCCACAGGUUGGGCUUUGAUCAACCCAGAGUGAGUGCACGGCCGCCUGAUUAGCUAUGAAGAGGGGUGCUGCACUAGCCUGGUCCCAGAUCUGCUUGUGCUGUCUUACCAACUACUAUACCAACUACAAAUUAGGAACAGGCUAAUGCCGCUCUCACCAUUGUCUAAUAACUUUGCCAGAGAUGCCAAUAAGCCAUAUGGAAGUCGGUCUAAGAGUUGUGUGUUUGUGAGCUUUCAGCUCAGUGUGUGAUGACGACAGAACAGUGUAGCACUGUUACAAACAACCAUGUUGUUUGAGUGCUAGCUGGCGGGCUACAGUGUAGGGUGAACCUGUUUGCAGCAGAGGUUGUCAUCCAGACAUCGUUGGUAAGCUGUGAACAACCUAAAAAUAGAUGUUAGACAACCUUUUGGAAAUUCUGAAAUAGGGGUGUUGGUUUAAUAUGGGACCUACUGUACAAGAUUAUCUUACCAUAGUUAAAAAGCUUUGGACCGUUUGCUUGACUGUUGUAUUUAUGCUAGGCGAGGUAUGGCAAUUAUACAAUUAGCCAAAAAUAUGCUAGGGAUGACAUCUGACUCUUUGGACAUCUGACACUUUCCCAUGGCAUUGGGAAUAUGACAUGCCAUUGUUUUUCAGUCUUCAGUUUUUUGGGGAAACCAACAAACCAUUGUAAUGAAUGUUUUGUAAGUCAUGAAAUAAUUCACGAAUUAUUACAUUUUUUACAUUUUAGUCAUUUAGCAGACGCUCUUAUCCAGAGCGACUUACAGUUAGUGAGUGCAUACAUAUAUAUAUCGAACCCACAACCCUGGCGUUGCAAGCGCCAUGCUCUACCAACUGAGCUACACAGGGCCCAUAUGUAAUGCAUAACAAAAGCUGAUCUGUAACCAAGCCUCUCUCCCCCUUCAGGCCGCGUGUUCGACGGCAAGGUCUACACCGGGCUGUGCAAUUUCAACCAGCCAUGGGAGCGCCUCUCGCUGGCCCAGAAGAAGGGCAUCAACCACCGCUACCAGCUGGGCUGCAACUGCAGGGUGAGUGGCAACAACUGCGCUCCCGGGGAGAAUAUGGAUAAAGUGGAUAUGGAUAAGGAAGCUAAAGCAACCCAACAGCAGCAGAGCCAAGAUGGAGGAGUAGGAGCCAGAAAGAGGGGCAGGGGCCGGGGCAGAGGCAAGGGGAAGGGCAAAGGCAGGCAGAACCAGAACACCCUGCUUACUGCAAAGCAUACCAUCCUGCUCUGAGCAUCUCCCAUCUCUCUGCUACUUUUUACCACAGAAAAGGGGUUGCUCCUCUUCAAAGACACAAGGCACUUCAUAUGUUAUUAGAUAUCGGAUAUUGCCUAUAGAAUAGGGGGGGGGGGGGGGGAAUAAUGUGUUCAUUUUAUGACCAUAAUGACUUUAGUGGCCUUGCAUAUAUUGGGUCAACUAGAUUAUGCUGAUGAACUGCAACCAAUUAUGAAAUCAUUUCCAGACCAUUUAGAACUUUUUCCUCUAUUUUUAAGUGUAGCACAAUAAAAGAACGACAAUCAAAAUAUAUACCAAAUCAUUGUGAUUAUGUAAUUGUAACUUUUAUGCUUGUAGGGACAUACUUUUAAAUUCCUGAUAGUGGCUGAAUAAUAUAAUGUAUAGUUUUAGCUGUCAGGAAUAUAAGUGUCCCCUUUCCAUUUAGGCAUCAUAACGGAUAAUAUACAGCCAUGAAUUUAACUGAAGAGACAGAGGGAAAGACGAGGGGGGAGAGAAAAUAGAGAUUUAUAAUGAUCUUUGGGAGUUAUUAAAUAAUUUAACUACACUGGAAUCACUUUCCCUGUUAUUCCAAACCCUGAAUUCCGCGCUCGGUCGGACCCCCUUUAUGCGGGACCUGCUCCCCUGAAGCUCCAGUCCAGGCUCAUAAAUAUCCUACUGUACUGCAUGGCUCAAGACACACCAUCUGGUCUGCCCAUCACCGGCACCAUCAACAGCAAUAAGUGCAUUGCCAGACAGGAGACAGGAGUAGCUACGCAGUCCAAAUGCUGGCCAACGCCUUUCAAACUGCUCGCACCCAAACUGCUUAUAGGGUUGUAAUGUUAAGACACAUUAGGCAUACAGUGAGUCUUAGAGGCCAACGCAGAACAGUGGAGGUGAAUGUAUGACUGUGACCAAACAUGGCAAGUCAGCAUCAGGAAUGAAAAACAGACUUGGACAGAACUCGCCAUGGUAGUAGCCUUUUUCUUUUAGUUUAUUGCCCAUUUCAGCUCAAAUGUAUGCUUUAAUCUGAAAAAAUUUCACACACACAAAUGUGUUUGCAGCAAUAGGCUGCUGCUACACAACACCGUAUUGUGUGAACCCCUAUGGAGCAGCAUGCUUACUGUCUGAGAAGACAAGUCAACAGACAGAGGCAGUGAAGACACAAAAAAAAACAUUGGCAUCAGUAAAUUAUUAAAAAGCUAACUGUCCAUUACAUAGCACCAUGAACACCAGAACAAGUUAAACUUAGUUGAAAAUGCUUGCACCAUAUGGACCAUAAAGAAUUCCUCAAGCUCUCUGCUGUUGAUUCCUCUGGCUCUGUCAUUACUGUACACACAGCUUUUACUGAAACACCUCUUUGGAUUUCUCUAAAACACAGAGUAUUUGUCAGUUAGUUUCUCAGUUUCUAAUUUCUCACCUUUAAAAAUACAUUUGGCAAGCUAUACAGUGCAUUCAGAAAGUAUUCAGACCCCUUGACUUUUUCCACAUUUUGUUACGUUACAGCCUUAUUCUAAAAUUGAUUACAUAGUUUUUUCCUCUCAUCAAUCUACACACAAUACCCCAUAAUGACAAAGAAAAAACAGGUUUUUAGACAUUUUUGCAAAUGUAUUAAAAACAAAAAACUGAAAUAUUACAUUUACAUAAGUAUUUAGACCCUUUACUAAGUACUUUGUUGAAGCACCUUUUGACUAGUCUCCCAGUCCCUGCCGCUGAAAAACAUCCCAACAGCAUGAUGCUGCCACCAACAAGCACCAGUGACUUGGUUAAUAAGGAAGUGGUCAGAUGACGCAGAUGCUAAGCUACAAGACUGUUUAGCUAGCACAGACUGGAAUAUGUUCCGGGAUUCUUCCGAUAGCAUUGAGGAGUACACCACAUCAGUUACUGGCUUCAUCAAUAAGUGCAUCGAUGACGUCUUCCCCACAGUGACUGUACGUACAUACCCCAACCAGAAGCCAUGGAUUACAGGCAACAUCCGCACUGAGCUAAAGGGUAGAGCUGCCUCUUUCAAGGAGCGGGACUCUAACCCGGACGCUUAUAAGAAAUCCCGCUAUGCCCUCCGACGAACCAUCAAACAGGCAAAGAGUCAAUACAGGACUAAGAUUGUAUCGUACUACACCUGCUCUGAUGCUCGUUGGAUGUGUAGCAGGGCUCGAAAACGAUUACAGACUACAAAGGGAAGCACAGCCGCGAGCUGCCCAGUGAGACAAGCCUACCAGACGAGCUAAAUCACUUCUAUGCUCGCUUCGAGGCAAGCAACACUGAAGCAUGCAUGAGAGCAUCAGCUGUUCCGGAUGACUAUGUGAUCACGCUCUCCGUAGCCGAAGUGAAUAAGACUUUUAAGCAGGUCAACAAUCACAAGGCCGCAGGGCCAGACGGAAUACCAGGACGUGUACGCCGAGCAUGCGGUGACCAACUGGCAAGUGUCUUCACUAACAUUUUCAACAUGUCCCUGACUGAGUCUGUAAUACCAACAUGUUUCAAGCAGACCACCAUAGUCCCUGUGCCUAAGAACACUAAGAUACCCUGCCUAAAUGACUACCGACCCGUAGCACUCACGUCUGUAGCCAUGAAGUGCUUUGAAAGGCUGGUCAUGGCUCACAACACCAUUAUCCCACUCCAAUUUGCAUACCGCCCCAACAGAUCCACAGAUGAUGCAAUCUCUAUUGCACUCCACACUGCCCUUUCCCACCUGGACAAGAGGAACACCUACGUGAGAAUGCUAUUCAUUGACUACAGCUCAGCGUUCAACACCAUAGUGCCCUCAAAGCGCAUCACUAAGCUAAGGACCCUGGGACUAAACACCUCCCUCUGGAUCCUGGACUUCCUGACAGGCCGCCCCCAGGUGGUAAGGGUAGGUAACAACACAUCUGCCAUGCUGAUCCUCAACAUGGGGGCCCCUCAGGGGUGCGUGCUCAGUCCCAUCCUGUACUCCCUGUUCGCCCAUGACUGCAUCCUGUACUCCCUGUUCACCCAGGCAUGACUCCAACACCAUCAUUAAGUUUGCAGAUGACACAACAGUGGUAGGCCUGAUCACCGACAACGAUGAGAAGCCUAUAGGGAGAAGGUCAGAGACCUGGCCGUGUGGUGCCAGGAUAACAACCUCUCCCUCAACGUGAUCAAGACAUAGGAGAUGAUUGUGGACUACAGGGAAAAAAAAGAGGACUGAGCACGCCCCCAUUCUCAUCGACGGGGCUGUAGUGGAACAGGUUGAGAGCUUCAAGUUCCUUGGUGUCCACAUCACCAACAAACUAUCAUGGUCCAAACACACCAAGACAGUCGUGAAGUGGGCACGACAAAGCCUAUUCCCCCUCAGGAGAUUGAAAAGAUUUGGCAUGGGUCUUCAGAUCCUCAAAAAGUUCUACAGCUGCACCAAAGAGUAUCCUGACUGGUUGCAUCACCGCCUGGUAUGGCAACUGCUCGGCCUCCGACCGCAAGGCACUACAGAGGGUAGUGCGUACGGCCCAGUACAUCACUGGGUCCAAGCUUCCUGCCAUUCAGGACCUCUAUACCAGGCGGUGUCAGAGGAAGGCCCUAAAAAUUGUCAAAGACUCCAGCCACCCUAGUCAUAGACUGUUCUCUCUGCUACCGCAUGGCAAGCGGUACCGGAGCGCCAAGUCUAGGUCCAAAAGGCUUCUUAACAGCUUCUACCCCCAAGUCAUAAGACUCCUGAACAGCUAAUCAUGGCUACCCAGACUAUUUGCAUUGCCCCCCCCCCACCCCAACCCCCUCUUUUACGAUGGUGCUACUCUGUUUAUUAUUUAUGCAUAUUCACUUUAACUCUACCCACGUACAUAUUACCUCAAUUACCUCGAAUAACCGGUGCCCCCGCACAUUGACUCUGUACCGGUACCUCCUGAAUAUAGCCUCCCUACUGUCAUUUGAUUUUACUGCUGCUCUUUAAUUAUUUGCUAUUUUUUACUUACCUAUUUUUUACUUAACACUUUUCAUAUUCUUAAAAAACUGCAUUGUUGGUUAAGGGCUUGUAAGUAAGCAUUUCACUGUAAGGUCUACACCGGUUGUAUUCGGCGCAUGUGGCAAAUAGAAUGAUUUGAUUUGAUUUGACCAUGGUUCACCGUAGGGAUGGUGCCAGGUUUCCUCCAGACAUGACGCUUGGCAUUCAGGCCAAAGAGUUAAAAUCUUGGUUUCAUCAGACCAGAGAAUCUUGUUUCUUGCCUUUUGGCAAACUCCAAGCGGGCUGUCAUGUGCUUUUAACUGAGGAGUGGCUUCCAUCUGGCCACUCUACCACAAAGGUCUGAUUGGUGGAGUGCUGCAAAGAUGGCUGUCCUUCUGGAAGGUUCUCCCAUCUCCACAGAGGAACUCUGGAGCUCUGUCAGAAUGACCAUUGGGUUCUUGGUCACCUCCCUGACCAAGGCCCUUCUCCCCCGAUUGCUAAGUUUGGCCUGUUUUCGCUUUGUCAAUAUGGGGUAUUGUGUGUAGAUUGAUGAGGAUUUUUAUUUAUUUAAUCAAUUUUAGACUACGGCUGUAACGUAACAAAAUGUGGAAAAAGUCGAGGGGUCUGAAUACUUUCCGAAGGCACUGUAUGUGAGAAGGAAAUGAGAAGUUUAAAGGAUGUUGACGCCAUUGCAGUUCAAUACAGAUUUCUGUGCCUUUGGCUUUCUUCUCUAUUCCCUAUGGGAAAACUACAAACUAGGUAGUGGACUUUCAUUUCAGAGGCUAGCAAUUAGAUUCAUCUUUGAACUCCACUGGCUUAUCUACAGGAAAGUACAUUUGAAUUGAAACCAUUCAUUCAUUCAUCCUGUAGAGCAAUGAGUAUAAAAUGCAUUAACGAGUUUCUAAAUUGUAAAUGUAAUGAAUUACAUAAACUACAAAAAGAACUUGACUCACUCACCCUUUGCUGAUUCAACCCAAUUAUCUGGAGGGAUUUAGAUUUAAAUCACUUCCCUUUUCUCCUAUUCAACAUCUUAUUCACCACAAAUUAAGUAUUUUGUACAAGAUUAUGCAUUGCUUCAGCCUGUCCUGAAAUGCUAAUUCUGUCUUGGCCUUGUUCAUUUACUGCUGGAUGUAGACUCACUGUGUUUUGAAUUGGUCAAUAUUCAAAAACAAUUCACAGAAAAUGAAAUUCGUAUAUCUGUCACAUAUCCUAAAUCAGAAUUCUUGUUAAUCAAAAAGGAUACAAUUGAACUUUAUUCAAGUCGAACUGUAAACACACAGUGAGCCUUCACCAGUAUGCUGUAGCAUUAUUACAUUUUAUUUUCCUGCUUUACGUCUACAUCUGUAGUUUCGCUUCUUCUCUCUGUAGAUUAAGCCCUGCCACAACCUGCCCUGCUUUGUGACCUCAAAGAACGAGUGCCUGUGGACGGACAUGCUGUCCCACUUUGGCUACCCCGGCUACCAGUCACGGCACUACGCCUGUAUCCAGCAGAAAGAGGGCUACUGCAGCUGGUACCGGGGGAUGGCCGGCCGUGACAAAACCACCAUCAACUCCACCGACCCCUGAGCGUAAACUACAACCAACCCCCAAACCAUCGCAACUUUCUUGAGUUUCUUCUCCUCGUCCUCUCACUCUUCUACACCUUUCCCAAACUCCACAACGCCACCACGCCCCUCGUCAACAAUAGAGUAUUACAGAACUCUUCAAACGUACAGUACUGGCCCCAAGCGACCACUCCCACGCCCUCUGACGAAAUAUACAAUAGUAGCACUUCUGAUGUAAACAAUACCUUUUUUGUUUCAUGCUGUAUAUUUCAGUUUCUCCCACCUUCCUUUUCCUACAUUUCCCUAGCUAUCAACGAGCAAAAAUUAGACCCGAUCCCAGAGUCAACUUUCUUCAGAAUGCAAUAACAAUGGCCCUCUAAAAAACGAGACCUUUUCAAACUAUCGUAAGGCUUAUAUGGGUGUGAUGGCUUUUCAGAACUGAAGUUUCAAGCAAUACAUAAUGGUUGAAAAUUACCCUAAUUUUAAGUGUGGGGUGCAGACAGUAUCAACAAAGCUCCUGCAGCAUAAUGUUAUCCUCAACACAAGUUAUGCACAGUAACCAGACACAUUGUCACCAGUACGAGGGCAAUGCCAACACGAGGUAUGACCUCUGAAAAGCAAUACCCCUUGCUCCAGUCACACAAAGGUAUUUUAUUGGUAUUUAACAAUGAUUUUGAAUCACAUGAAAGUGUAUAUGUAUAUGUUCACAGUUUAUACUGUUAACAUGUCUAUUUAUAUGAAUGAUGCAAUCUUUGCCUCCCUGACUGCUUACACUGUAAAGUUCAUUCUUGGUUGUAUUAAAUAGCAUAUACAUUUUAGUCAUUUA